AUGAGCGCCGCCAAGCGCGCUCGAUCGUUCGGGCUCGGUCGAAAUGUCUCGCAGACCGGGGGCGAGUUCACAGCGCGGUUUUCUUCGCCGGCGCGCGAGACCUCGGCGAGCGGACGUGGGCUUGAGAACGUGUCUCGAUCGUUCACUACCUCGUUCGCGGCCUCAGCGAGCGCGCUGUACGGAUCUAUGCUCGUCGAGCGCAUUCCCGUGGUGAUCCCGGAACCCCCGGCGUGGGAGCGAGAGUACUUGGAGUGGGCGCAGGCGAGACGGGACAAGUUCAAGGUGAAACUCCCGGAUGAGAUGGUGGAGGCUAAGGGUUUGAUAGAUAACUUACCAGAUUUUGACGCGGCACCGCGAGAGACAGAGGCUGAUCGCACCGGAGACAGGAGCACGAUGUAUCGCAAGCUUCCAGAGUUUCUCUUCCUCGUGCUCAAGGAUAAAAGCGGCACAUGGGGUUUUCCUAAGGCGCCGCACACAGAUGGAGAGACGAUGCGUCAGACGGCGGAGAGAUCACUCAAGGACUUCGCCGGAGAUUCGUUAGAGUGUUGGGUGGUUGGUAAUGCGCCUCAGGGUCACUACGAGGAGCAGGGCGUGACGACAUUUUAUUACCGCGGUUCCUACGUUGAAGGUGAAUUGGAGCUUCAAGGAGAUUACGUCGAGCACGCGUGGGUUACGAAAGAGGAGUUGGGGGAGUAUUUCGACGACAGUCAUCACGAUUUGCUUAAGAGAAUGCUCUAA